CAGGCUUGUGGUCACACGGCUAACAAUGCUUUUUUCCUCCUCUCUUAUCUCUCCAGAUUGAUAAAGAGAUCGAGCUGCACAGAAUGCUUAAUCAUAGACAUGUUGUGCAGUUCUACCACUACUUUGAAGACAGAGAAAAUAUUUACAUUCUUCUGGAGUACUGCAGUAGAAGGUCAAUGGCUCACAUCUUGAAAGCACGUAAGGUAUUGACAGAACCAGAAGUACGAUACUACCUCAGGCAGAUUGUGUCAGGGCUGAAGUAUCUUCAUGAACAGGAAAUCUUGCACAGGGAUCUUAAACUAGGUAACUUCUUCAUUAAUGAGAACAUGGAACUGAAACUGGGAGACUUUGGCUUGGCAGCUAGGCUGGAACCACUGGAACACAGGAGGAGAACAAUAUGUGGAACACCAAAUUACCUCUCUCCAGAAGUCCUCAAUAAACAAGGGCAUGGCUGUGAAUCUGACAUCUGGGCCUUAGGCUGUGUAAUGUACACAAUGCUGUUGGGAAGACCCCCAUUUGAGACCACAAAUCUUAAAGAAACAUACAGAUGUAUAAGGGAAGCAAGAUACAGUCUGCCUUCAUCUCUCUUGGCACCUGCAAAACACUUAAUAGCUAGCAUGCUGUCAAAGAAUCCUGAAGACCGGCCCAGUUUAGAUGAAAUAAUUCGACAUGAUUUUUUUGUACAGGGCUUUACACCUGACAGACUUUCUGCUAGCUGUUGUCACACUGUUCCUGACUUUCAUUUGUCAAGUCCUGCUAAAAAUUUCUUCAAAAAAGCAGCUGCUGCUCUUUUUGGUGGUAAAAAGGAUAAGGCCAGAUACUUCGAAAAUCACAAUAGACUAGCUAAAGAAGAUGAAGAAAUUUACAAGCUCAGGCAUGAUUUGAAGAAGACAUCGAUAACCCAGCAGCCCCACAAACACAGAACAGAUGAGGAGAUCCAGCCCCUAAUCACAACAGUAGCCAAGCCAGGAGCAGUACCAGAAACAAAGCAGACUGGAGACUCUAUUCGGAUGAUUGUCAGAGGAACUUUAGGAAGCUGUAGCAGUAGCAGUGAAUGCCUGGAAGACAGUACCAUGGGAAGUGUUGCAGAUACAGUUGCAAGGGUAUUGCGUGGAUGUCUGGAGAACAUGCCAGAAGCAGACAGUAUUCCCAAAGAGCAGCUGACAACAUCCUUCCAAUGGGUUACAAAAUGGGUGGACUACUCUAACAAGUAUGGCUUUGGGUACCAGUUAUCAGAUCAUACUGUUGGUGUCCUUUUCAACAAUGGGGCGCAUAUGAGCCUUCUGCCAGAUAAGAAGACAGUCCACUACUAUGCUGAGCUAGGCCAGUGCUCUGUCUUCACAGCUGCAGAGGCUCCUGAACAGUUCAUUAGUCAAGUGACUAUACUCAAGUAUUUUUCUCACUACAUGGAAGAGAACCUCAUGGAUGUAAGUUCAGCACAUUCUCGAUUUUCCCUGCCCGGGCUGUCGCGGCCGGGGUCCCUCUCGCCCGUACGCCGAGCCGUGCUUCCUGCGCCGGCGGGGACCGUGCGGGUGUGCACUGUGUGCGGGGCGCAGCCCUUCGGGAGGGAGCUCCGCACAUCUCCGUGUCUUAGCCGGCUGAUCUGGCCGAAAGAAGUUACGCUCAUUGACUAA